AUGAGAGAUGCCUUGGAUCAGAUUCUCCAAACGCCAGUUCAUAAAACCAGCAAACAGACUUCAAGAAAUCGAAGCAUCAAUGAGAAACAUGGGAAUUGCUUUGGGUCUUGCGGUGCUAAUUGGUGUGAAACAGAAAAAUGGUUUUUGGUCAGGCCUAACAAUUGCUAUCAGUUUUGCUCUAGGAAAACAAGCAAUUUUCACAUUGGCAAAUGCUCGGGCACAAGUAACAGCAAUCGGAUCAGUCUAGGAACCUUCGUGUUCAAGAAUCUUCUUGACAUACGAUGGCAGAAGCUUGCUGACAUAAGAUUCGUAGUCUUCACUAGUUUUCUAAGGAAGAGUCGGAUGUAUGGUGAGGCUGGUGGUGUUCCCGCAGAUAUUGGAGCUCUAUUGAUCCGAGGGAAGCACAACUACGGAACUGCAAAUGACUUCGCUAUAGCCCGGCUUAUCAGAGGUCAGACUAAAUUCUUUUAUCCUUGUAGAGCUGCUUUUGCAACCAGUCAUGGCAUCCACUUUGGCCAAGCAAAACCUCUAUCUCAGCCUUGGAAAACUUCAAGAAUUCAUGGUGCAAACAACUCAACCCUCAGAGAGAAGGAUCGAUCACCUCUGAACUUCCAAGGGUUUGACAGAACACAUCAUUUUAAGUCCCAUGACCAUGAGUUCGAGAAGUUCAUCGACCAAGCGGAGCUAGAACCAAAUUUUAGGUUUUAG